CGGUUUUAGCGCAAACUUUUUGGUCCUGUUCUCUCGAACUAUACAUGCUUCUUGUCUGGGAAGUUCCUUUUUUUGUUUUAUUUUCAUUCCCGGAUUUGCUGCUGCUUUCUCUUCUAAAGGCAUUGUGCUGCGGCCUUUUAGUUUAGCAAUUGAUUCAAGUGGCCUUAAAUUAGAUGAAUUAUAUGGAGUUGGAGCUGGCUGAUUGCAUAUCUUUUUGUUGUAAUGCCUUUGAAUUAGUGGGGCGGGGAUACGAGGUGGUGAUGACUUUCUCAUAUUACUGAUGCUUUCACAUGCUACACCCACAUCAUAAUGUAUGCGUUUUUUAGGAUCACUUGAUAACCAUGGCUUCAAAUACUCAUCUUAGAUGAUGUUAAUUGUUGUCUUCGUCAUGAAAUAUGGUGUUGACUAAUAUUAAUCCCUAUUUAAUCGGAGGGAUCACUGAACCACUGGAUACAAAUAGUGCCGUAUCGAUCGCAUCAAUGCCCAAUUAAGGCAUGAUUGCAUGAACUAUCCUGAAGGCAACUUUAGAAGCACUUCCAGACAAGCUUGGACUAGCUAGUCUCGAUGGAGCAUCUUGUUCUUGACAAUUUUUGCCUUCUCUCUAUGUGUGUGCACACUAGCACGCGCAUGAUGCGCUUUUGUUGAUAGGACUAGUAGCAAUUAUUUUUAAUCAUGUCAACAGCAAUGCCUCCAGAAAAGUGAGUGGCUUGAGUACCUGUGGGAUAAAGUUGAAUAGGCCACUGAAGAGCUGUGGAUUGAAGAGCUUGAGAAGCCUUCUUAUUGAGUUUAACAGAGCAGCCAAGAGAAGGCCAACAAGUAUUUAACAGAUUAAAGACAACAGAGAGCUGUAUCAAAAAGAGAAAAAAGACUCUAGAGAGCUGUCCAUAGGAGAAGAACCUGAGGAAUGUUAACGAGGUUGCUGCCAUAUGCUAAGAUGCUAAUCCCAUGCUGAAAAUGGAAAACAAGCAAACUGUGAGUGCUGGUGGAACACAAGAUAAGUCUAUGAUGAAGCCUAUUGACCAAAGAGCCCAUAUUAAAGGCCGAAGUGACAUCCUGACUCGACGCCUAAAGAAUCGAGAGCGUCAACGUAGAUACAGAGCCCGUAAGCGUCUUGAAGCUGAAACCAAGAAGUCUUCUGUGGCAAGAGACAUCACACCCAUAACACCACAAGAGGAACCACAAUCAACAGGCAAUCACAAUCUUAUGACCCGCGUAUAUUGUAAUAGAGAUUGGAAAAAAGAUGCAAGACGGGCUCACGCUCUUAAACGUGAAGAAGUGACACCUAAUGGAUCUAUUGAUCAUAUUACCAAACUAGCCAGUGAACCUGAAGCAGCACGCUUAGCCUCUGGGAAGGCAGACAUGACGCAGGAAAGGGAAAGCCAGUCUGGAUCUCCUGUUGUUGUUAACAAUGAAACUCCUAGAACUGUACUGAGUCGAAGAGACUGGAAAGCAGAAGCUAGAAAAAAGAAAAACUAGUAUUAUUCCCUUUUUCUCUAAAAAGAUUCACUCUGCGCAGUGGUCUUUUGUUGUAUAAUAGACAUUAUAUGAUGUAAAAGAAUGCUGCAUUAAGAUAUGUUAAAUACCUGAAUUUUACUGAGGUUCAUACGAGGAAGUUAUUGUGUAAUUUGCGAAUUUUUUCUGUUGCAGAUGUAGAAGACCAUUGUAAGACACGCCUAGCUUAGUUUAGAAUCUCUGAUCUUUUUGUAGCAAGAACUAUAUCGGAAGAUCAUCUUCGCAGAAUGUUGUGGUGAAACGUUCAUUAGACUGCCCUCUGUGUUAAACAAGAUAAGGUUUGAAGUUUGCCUUAA